AUGAGUAGUUUGGAAUCAUCUCCUAGAAAUUCUCUUAAUAUUGUUGAUAUUCUGGAAAAGUACAAAUAGAAAAAGGCUAUUAUGAGUCCUCUUCCUCUCGAAUCCUUUUAAUAAAUUGUUUAGGAAGCUGGGUAAGAAUUACUCCAAUAGCAUCCAGAGGGUGACAAUUCUCACUUUAUUUCAUUCAAACAGCUUAAUUAAGAUGCCAUAGAUGAGUUAUAAAGAUCCCUUCAUUAAUCGAAAAUAAUGUGGAAUAAUUUUAGUAGGGCUUUAUUUGCAGCAAGUCCAAUUGAAAAAAAAAAUAGUUCCAAGAAAAUGGAAUUGUUGCAUAACAGAGAUGCCUAUUAUCGAAUAAAGAAAUAAAAUGAACUCUAAUUAAAGUUGCAAUUGGAUGGAAUAAAUAAAGAAUACCAAAAAAUACAUCUUGAAACUUAGGGAAUCAAAUCAUACCCAUCUAUCUCAACCAAAGACUAAUUCCGUUAGCAAUAGAUUAGAAGAUAGUUGCAAAUGGGGUGUAGUUAAGAACUUGUUCGUUAGGAAACAGAAUUAAUUAAAUAAUAAAUUGAACUUACAAAAUCUAGAUUAAUUAAUGAAGUCAAGAAAAUUGUUGUUUAUAUUUACAGCAAUUAAAGUAAUAGUUGGAAUCCUUCAUCUAGAGAGAGUAGUGCUAUGGUAAAUUAUAAUGAGAAACUAUAUCUUUAUGGAGGAUCAGGAGCUGGCCAUAUUAGUGAUCUCUGUUAAGCAACAUUCGAUAAAUGUAUAAUAAUAGAGUUAUGUUAUCUUAGAAUUCUAUAAAUGGACGACGAUAAAAUUAAAAUAGUUAGUAUUAUUUAGCUAAUCAUUUUUGGUGGUAUUUAAUACUCGCCUCUAAAGGAAGAUAGGAUUCAGUGUGAAGUAACCAAUGAAGUCACUCAUAUUAAUUUAGUAAAUUAUGAUGUGAAGGUUGUACAACAUGCUGGUAUUGUUUCUCCAAGGAAGGCACACAUAGCUGAAGUUGUUGGGAGAUAUCUAUUAGUUUAAGGAGGCAUAGAUUCGAAAGGUCAUUAUUUGAAUGAUUUCAUUGCUUAUGAUAUUGUAACAUAGAGAUGGUAAAACGUAGAAAUUAAUGCUCCAGUAUUUUAAGAUGGAAUCGCAUUCCAUAAAUCUUGUUCUGCUUUAGAACAUAAAUCUAUUGAUCUUUAUAGACAUGAUCCUGAUAUAAGUUUUGAAAACCAAGGCAUUUACAUCUUUGGAGGACUAAACUCUAAUGGACAUUACUUAGACAAACUCAUUAGGAUAGAUGUUAGAAGAAGACCUUUGUUCAUUGAGGAAGUUCAAUCAAAAGGUAGUGCUCCAAUUAGCAGAUGUUAACAUUCAAUGACAUACGUAGAUUAAUCAAAAUAAAUUGUCAUUUAUGGUGGCAAAAAUGAUGAUAUCAACGUUUAAGGAUUUUUGAAUGAUUUGCAUAUCUUAGAAAUCAGAAAUUUUUCAUGGACCUAAGUAGAUGUUAGAGGGUACUCUACUUUGGGAAGAUGUAGUCAUUCUGCUGCUGCCAUUGAUGAUAAAUUAUAUAUCUUUGGAGGUGUGAAUUACACAGGCUUUGUUAAAAGUGAUUUCUUAAUCAUAGAGCUCAAUCAAUCUAAGGCAUAAGAAUUAAGUUAAUAUGAGGCACAAACAGAAAGAAUUUCUAAAUAAUAAGUUCCUGUUUAAAUUAAACCUGCUGCAUCACCUAAAAUGGUUCUCAAUCUCAAAUAAUAAGUUGAAUAGAUCAAAAAAGAGAGUGAAAAAGUUAAAUUAGCUGACAAAUUAAAAAGAUAGAGUGUUGCAAGGCACAGUCGUAAUUUGACUGAUAUUCAAAUUUAUAAGACUUUUGCCACUGUUACUGAUUGA